AUGUUCGCCAUCACGCUUUCACUUCCGCGCCGCGACCCCACUUCUGGAGCUCUGCUUUGGCCAGGUGCGCCAAUACCCCGCGCGCAAUUGAGCAUGUCGUUCGACGGCCUCAAUGCCGAUGAAAGCUAUGCCCUGUUCCGUUCGCCGAGUGUACUCAAAGAAGGAACAAACGCAAAAAGCGUCGAAGAACUCAAAGACACUUCUGUGCUGCCACUAGAACGACUACAGGCAGCUACGUCAUGGGUGCACUUCACUCGGAACCAGCUGACGGGCAUAGCGAUGACUGUGCCUGGACACAUAAGCUGGGACGAGGAACGAAAGACUUGGAUAUGGAGUGUGAAGUGGAGGGAUCUUAUGACACAGUUUUAUGCAUUAAGGAAGCAGAAAUCAAGCGUGCAGGUGCAGCCCUCCAAAGGCGUGACAGGUCGAACCAGAUUCUCGAACAAUUCUGCAUAG